CAGACGAGGGCGAGAGACCAAAGGCUAAGGAUGACUCUGCCUCUUUUGCUUGUUACAGACAAGAAUGUUUCCUGGUGGCUCUUUGUACAACUCACAGCGGAGGGGAUGGGAAAUACUUGUAUAGCUCUCCAAACACAUGCCGCGUAAGAAUGUCGGAGGCCAUCCGAUGCACUCUGGUAAACUGUAGCUGCCAGUGUUUUAAGACUGGAAAAAUAAACCAACGACAGUGUGACCAAUGUCAGCAUGGAUGGGUAGCUCAUGCUUUAAGUAAACUAAGGACCCCAAACUUAUACCCAACCAGCCAAGUGGAAAUUGUCCAGUCCAAUGUGGUAUUUGAUAUAAGCAGCCUCAUGCUGUAUGGGACUCAAGCUGUUCCUGUCCGUCUCAAAAUCCUCCUAGAUCGUCUUUUCAGUGUCUUGAAGCAAGAAGAGGUCACACACAUCCUCCAUGCUCUUGACUGGACACUUCAGGACUACAUACGGGGUUAUGUUUUACAGGAUGCUUCAGGAAAGGUCCUGGAUCACUGGAGUAUCAUGACCAGCGAAGAAGAGCUGGCUACCUUGCAGCAAUUUCUGCGUUUUGGGGAAACCAAGUCCAUUGUGGAGCUGAUGGCCAUUCAGGAGAAAGAAGGGCAAUCCAUUCCUGUCCCCACGACCACAGCCAGUAUGGAUAUUAGGGCCUUCAUCGAAAGCUGCAAUCAGAGAAACUCCAACCUUUCUGCUUCUUUGGACAAAAUGCACCCCAUCCACGUCCAUCACUUCGAAAACGUGGUCAACAACAUGGCGUUUAUGCUGCCCUUUCAGUUUUACAGCCCCGUUCCACCACCUCUGAUCGGUUCGCUCCCGGAAAGGCUCUUGGUGGAGUCCUCUCAAGAUCACAGUCCUGACUUAAAACAAGACGACUACAUGCCGUUUGCUGAAAACAGUUUCUUAACUUCCAAUCCAUCGUUUCAACCAGAAAAGGAGAAGCGGACCAUCAGCCCGGACCUCACUUUGAAACUGAAAGAGGACAUGUCACCGAGUGGUUUGAAAACUCAGACCUCCAAACCGGAAGCAAGCCAGGUAUCUCCAGAAACUAAGAUGAAGUCAGUGGACAAAAACGGCGCCGGAAUAAGGAAAGGGCGCGUUUUCUGUACAGCCUGUGAGAAGACCUUCUACGACAAGGGCACUCUGAAGAUCCACUACAACGCGGUCCAUCUGAAAAUCAAGCACAAAUGCACCAUCCAAGGCUGCAAUAUGGUUUUCAGCUCACUGAGGAGCCGAAACCGUCAUAGUGCCAACCCCAACCCGAGACUUCAUAUGCCCAUGAACCGAAACAACCGGGAUAAAGAUCUCCGCAACGGCUUGUCCCUCCGAGGUCUGGAGGAGAACAAAAGGACCGAUUUUAGCCUUUUGCCUCCCGAUCACAGAUCGGCUCCGAUCUAUGGGAGUUCUGGGACCGAUGCCAAAACCCAGCCGGGUUUUCACCACAGCGGGCACAACGGUGUCCUCUUCCCCAAUUUGAAGACGGUGCAACCUGUGCUCCCCUUCUACCGCAGCCCGGUCACCCCGGCCGAAAUAGCAAAUACCCCAGGUACGCUCCCUUCUCUGCCUCUGGUUUCCUCGUCUGUACCUGAACCGCAGGGCUCCAGUGAGUUGCCCUUCGACCCCUUGCCUAAGAAAAAAUCCCGUAAGUCUAGCAUGCCCAUCAAGAUAGAGGCAGAAGCUGUUGACACCACUAGCCCAGCUAAUGAAGUGGCCAGUUCAGAAGACGAUGGGACUCCCAAGGCGGUAAGUGAAGGGUCGGUGGAGAUGGGGGUGUCUAGGAUAGAAAAAAAUGCCAAUCCUCACACGGAAGAGCAACCUCACUCCGAGGCGUCCGUUUCCAAGGAUGGAGGGCUCAAAACUUUGCAGGCUGAAAGGGACAAACUGCAGACCAAGCCAGACCAAGACAAAUCGCGAAGAAUAGCCUCUUGCGAACACGCAUGCGAAGCCUUCAACCAGCACCACGACGUCACCAAAGCAGCCUCUGAGCCCUACAGCUUCCUUAGAGAACCGCUGAAUUACCGGAUCCCCAUCAACAGCUGGCCCGAACUGCAUUACCACUUGUUGAGUGGGAGCAGUUUCAACACGCUCUCCGACCGGAGUGCGGCGGUCCCUGAGUUUGAAGGGUGUAAAGAGAUGGAUCACGGCCACGCCCAGGCCCUAGGCCUCCCACAGGAAGACACCCGCUUUUGUUGCGACAUCUGCCUGAAGACUUUCAAAAGCCCUUACAGUGUCAAAAUGCAUUUUAAAAACGUGCAUCUAAAAGAAAUGCACACUUGCGUCGUGGAGGGUUGCAAUGCCGCGUUCCCCUCGCGUAGAAGCCGAGACAGACACAGCUCCAAUUUAAACCUUCACCAUAAACUUUUAACGAAAGAUCCUUUGGACCUCAACAAGAACCAUUUCAACGCCAUCGAUCUCUUGAAGGACAUGGCCAAAGACGUUUGCCCGGAGGCCUGCUUGAAAGGGCAUCUGGAGCAGCACACCUCGGUCAUUUUCAAAAGCACAAACAGGACCGGCAGCUUGGUUUUCCCCAUGAGCAAGAUCGCACAAGCCUGUCCCGAGAGCUGCGGGCACGACCCCAACGAGGGAGCCAUUCUGGAUUUAAGCACCACGUCUAGCGUUAAAUCGGAGAGCGGCACUCACUCCUCCUGGGAUUCGGACGGAGGGAAUGAAGAAAGCCCUUUAGAGGACAGCAACGAAAGCUGUGAAAGUAUCUGCUUGACACCCAACGAAGAGCUCUACCAAGACUGUUGCCCGGUGGAGACCCCUAACCCGAAUUUUCCAACCACCCCUUCCUGCUUGCCCAUCACCUGUCACCUCUGUCAAAAAAGCUACAGCAACAAAGGGACGUUCCGAGCCCAUUACAAAACCGUGCACCUCCGUCAGUUGCACAAGUGCAAAAUCCCCGGCUGCAACACCAUGUUUUCUUCCGUUCGUAGCAGGAAUCGACACAGCCAAAAUCCCAAUUUACACAAGAGCUUGAGCAGGUCACCCCACAGCCCCCUGCAAUAGCUGAGUUUUUUCAAGAGCAUUUCAGUUGCGGUUGUGUUCUAUUUAUCAUUUCAGCGUCUUCCUUUUUCCUUGUUAAGCAUUAAGGAAAAGAGGCGCAUGGUUUCACUGGCUUUUCCAUAGAUCCUGUCCCAGAAUAUACGAGGUGCAAUACCGUUCUCGUUUCCGAUGCACCCACCCAAGGGGUUAGGGUUUGUUUUUUUGCAGACUGUAAACGUGGAUGCCAAUAUAAUAACGAGAUACAGAGCUAGCCCACAAUUAGUCCGAUUUCCCCCCCCUCUUCACUCUUUAUCCUCUCUUAUAAAACAAAGACCAGCUUGUGACACCAACGUUUUGCAUUUGACGCCCAGAUGCCAUUUCCGGCACCAGUCCUGUCUUCGUUUUAACAUCUCAGAGAAGCGUUGCCAAUUUUUUUUAACUACCGGUUCGGGUGUUCACACUCGUGCUCCCACACGACCCUUCUGUGCAUGCGCAGAAGGGUCGUUGGCGGGUGGGCGCAGCCUCCCGCUGCCGCUACUACUGGUUCGGCCGAUCCGGGCCGAUCCAGCAGCAACGCACCUCUGAUGUAGUUCCUCCCGCCAGCUGACUUGACAGUAUUAAAUGAAUGUGGCGAUUUCCCCAUAAUUUAUUAUUGUGUGCCUGGGAACGGAAAGGUGGCAGGUUUAAGAAAAAGAGCAGCUUUUGAUUCUGGAGUUCUUGGUGGCAGUAGACAUUCUGUUUGAAGCCCCAUUAUUCUGUUCCGGCUCAGUGGCUUGUACAACUGUUCUCACCACAUUUGAAAACAGGACAAUUCCACGGGUUUUCUUGUCUCUCUCUGAAGAAGAGAGUUGGCUUCAAGAUGGGCCUAUGAACUGCCAGAUGCUAAACCCACUCCGCAGUUCUUGGGUGUCUCUUGAAACUUAUUUCCAAGGAACCCCGUAUCUUUUUUUUUUUUUUUUUUGCAAAGGAAACAAACCCUGGAAACAAUGCAAGUUCUAAUUUUUUUUUUGGGAAAGAUUCUCCAUUGACUUUUGAGAGCAUUUGGCAUGAAUUCUAUACAGGACCAGCGAAACCUGAGAUGCAUUCAAACACUUUGAACCACAUGUCGGACAUUUUGAAAUGCAAUGUAUAGUUUUACUGCACUUUUUUAUUGCUAUGUUGAGAAAAAUUAAAUCCUGGGUUGGUGGGGGGGGGGGAAUUGAAUUCGAGAUUUUCCAGAAUUUGGCAGGAAGCGACGCGACGGAGAGAAGAUCUAUGAAUAUGAAUAGAUAUCUAUCUAUUGUGUUGAUGUACAAUGCCAGGCUGGGGCAGACAACCGAUAUUUUAUUACGACAUUAAUCAGAAUCGUCCACUGACUUCGAUGAUGCUCUGUUUUGUAUUAGCACAUUGUUUCGUAUAAGUGAAUAAUAUUCCUCAUCCUGGUCAUUAUGCGUAUCACUUUGGUAUUAUGUCUUAUGCACUUAACAGCAUUGGAAUUGGUCUUACAUUUUAUCGAAAGAACACUUUUGUUCUAUUUCCUUUUCAAUCAGGCAAUAGCAUUCCCGUGGUUGGGUAUGCCCUGUGCAACUAUGUUUGGUGAAAGAACUAUGAGCAGUGAAAGCAAUUCGAAGAUAUAUUUUUUAUCACUAAACCUUUGAAUGAUAAAGGAGGAGAGCCUGAUACUGAUAUGUGCAAUAGCAUCCAAUGGAGGUCAAGGCAGUUAGACAUAGAAUUCAAGCCCACCGUAUCUUUUUCCAUUGAUUUCAACUCUCCUUUUUAAUUUCCCUUGUUGAUGAUGAUGAUGUUGUAAAAUUGCUCCCGUCUGAUGUUUUCUUACUGUUCUGCCAAAGUAAUGCUGUUUUGUAUUU